AUGGACUACGCCUGCUCGAUUUUCGAUCAACUCGACGAUCCAUGCUCAUUCGAUUUCAACACCAUCAUCAGAGGCCACACCAUGGAGAUGAGCUCAGAACAGGCAUUGCUUUCAUAUCUUGACAUGCUCGAGUUAGGCGUGGAGCCGGACAACUUCACGUACCCGCCUCUGCUUAAGGCGUGCGCGUCUCUAUCAGCGGCUGGUGAAGGAAUGCAGAUCCAUGGACAUGUUUUUAAGCAUGGAUUGGUGGGAGAUGUGUUUGUGCACAAUAGUUUGAUCAAUAUGUAUGGAAAGUGUGGACUUUUGAGGGAUUCUUGCACGGUUUUCGAUCAGAUGGAGGUGAAGACUGUGGCUUCUUGGAGUGCUGUCAUUGCUGCUCAUGCUAGUUUAGGCAUGUGGGGUGAGUGUUUGAGGCUGUUUUUUAGUAUGAUUCGCGAUGGCGGGUGGAGGCCGGAGGAGAGUGUUUUGGUCAGUGUGUUGUCUGCUUGCACUCAUUUGGGGAGACUGGAUUUGGGAAGGUGCAUUCAUGGCUAUUUGGUUAGGAAUUUGAGUGGUUUGAAUGCUGCAGUUGAGACUGCUGUGGUGGAUAUGUACAUUAGAUGUGGGAGUUUGGAGAAAGGGAUGUCUCUGUUUCAAGAAAUUGUUGAUAAGAAUCAUAAGUCAUAUAGUGUGGCUAUAUCAGGGUUGGCGAGUCACGGGCGUAGUGUGGAGGCUUUGGUGGUUUUCGAGGAGAUGAUUAAGGUGUGAUUGAGGCCGGACGAUGUGGUGCUCGUCCACUAUUGUGACCGGCGAGAGGCUCGCGGACGACCCCCCGUCCGUCGUAUAUCCCGCUCGUCCGUCAGCUCGCCCGCCGUGUCGUCCGCUAUUGCGGGCACGGUUUUUUGAUUUUUUUUUAAAAACUCAAUAUAUACGGUUCGUUUCGAUUCUUUUUCAUUCGCACCACUUGUAUUAACGAGCUUCUCUUCUUCAACUACAUUUCUCGACAUCCCGAAAUGGCUAGUGGUAGUGGUAGUGGUGGUGCGAGUGACAGUGGUAGUGGUGUGGGCGGUGGUGGUUGGGAUAGUGAAGCAUCGCGGCAAAUCCGCGAACAGAUACGGGCGUAUACGUCCGUUGAGAUAAACCGCAUGAUGAGGGCGGUCUCGCAGCAGCAGCAGCCGGCGAUACCUCGCCCCAUCCAACAUCGAGCUGUAGUACCCCGGGACCACGUCGCUGCACACCAACGGUUGUUUGGGAACUAUUUCAGCGAGCAGCAGCGGUUUGGGGACAACUUCUUCCGGCGGCGUUUUAGGAUGCACCGAGAUCUAUUUAUGCGUAUCGUGAACGCUUUAGAGCAUCGGUACAAGUACUUCCGGUUCAUGAGGGAUGCGAGUGGUAGACCCGGACACACGCCUAUAGAUUGCAUGCAUUGGGAGUGGAAGAACUGCCCUACCGCCUGGAAGGGUCACUACACGACCGGCUUCAAAGGCAAGAAUCCGACGAUGAUCCUCGAAGCCGUAGCUGACUACCGGCUUUGGAUUUGGCAUGCAUAUUUUGGGGUAGCCGGAGGGAACAACGACGUCAACGUCCUCCAGUCGUCGCCCCUUUUCAAUGAGCAGUGUCAGGGCGUUGGUCCGACCAUCAGUUUUGUCGCCAACGAUAACUAGUAUCAUAUGGGCUACUAUUUGACGGAUGGGAUAUUCCGUAGGUGGCCGGCCUUUAUGAAUACUAUCUAGUUGUAACUUAAUUUUGGAACUUCAUUACUUUACAUUUGAACUUUGUAAGAAUGUUUUGAUUCAAAUGUUUGACAUACUGCCAUGUGAUUAUAUUUA